UUCGCAGGCUCGAUAUUUAGCCGCCUCGCCCUUUAAAUCUCCUGUCUGCGUCGCAAUUGAAGUCGGCCGCCGCCACGUCUGCAGCCUUCAAGUUCCUGACGCCAUGGCAGCUUAUUUGCGAAGCAGGGCUAUGCCGCUUGGCAGCUUGAAGAGGCUGGCAACAAGGCCGCCAUCUGUGAACGCAGCAUCUCUGAUCGCUCGACGAGCAAAGGCUUCACUGGCCCAAGAUGGCCAGCAGCAGCUUCUCUCGGCGCAUCUCGAGAAGGCCGACCCGGCUGUUUUUGAUAUCAUUGAGCGAGAAAAAAACCGUCAGAAGCAUUUCAUCAAUCUGAUUCCGUCAGAGAACUUCACCUCCCAGGCCGUACUAGAUGCGCUGGGCAGUGUCAUGCAGAACAAGUACUCGGAGGGAUACCCUGGCGCCCGGUACUAUGGCGGCAAUGAGGUUAUCGACCAGUCGGAGAGACUAUGCCAGCAGCGAGCACUGGAAGCAUUUGGCUUGGAUUCCAAGAACUGGGGAGUCAAUGUACAGGCUCUUUCUGGCGCCCCGGCAAACCUCUAUGUAUACUCAGCACUUAUGGAUACUCAUGACCGACUGAUGGGCCUUGACUUGCCUCAUGGCGGACAUCUUUCCCAUGGCUACCAGACACCGACCAAGAAGAUAUCUGCAGUGUCAAAAUAUUUCGAAACUCUGCCUUACCAACUGGACGAGCGUACCGGCUAUAUCGAUUACGACAACCUUGAAAAGCUGGCCACCAUCUAUCGGCCCAAGAUCAUCAUUGCCGGAACCAGUGCUUACAGCCGCUUGAUUGAUUACCAGCGCAUACGGGAAAUUUGCGACAAGGUCAACGCUUACAUGGUGGCAGAUAUGGCGCACAUCUCUGGUCUUGUUGCCGCCAAGGUGCUGCCCGGUCCAUUCCCCUUCGCUGACAUCGUCACCACUACCAGCCACAAGAGUCUCCGUGGUCCCCGUGGAGCUCUCAUCUUCUUCCGUAAAGGUGUCCGAAGGCAGAACCCGAAGACCAAGGAGGACGAGAUGUACGAUCUUGAAGGCCCCAUCAACAACUCCGUUUUCCCCGGUCACCAGGGUGGUCCUCACAACCAUACCAUCACAGCUCUUGCUGUAGCUUUGAAGCAGACACAGACGCCGGAAUUCCAGGCCUACCAGUCCCAAGUUUUGGCAAACGCCAAGGCCUUCGCUAAGCGUCUUGGAGAAGACAAGGGAAAAGGUGGCCUAGGCUAUAAUCUUGUCAGCGGCGGUACCGACAACCACCUCGUUCUCGUCGACCUUAAGCCCCAUGGCAUUGACGGCAGCAGAGUAGAGCGCGUUCUGGAAUUGGUCGGCGUUGCUGCCAACAAGAACACCGUCCCGGGCGAUCGAUCAGCCUUGGUACCUGGCGGUCUUCGUAUGGGAACGCCCGCCAUGACAACUCGUGGCUUCCGUGAAGACGACUUUGUCCGCGUAGCAGAUGUUGUUGACCGAGCUGUCACCAUUGCGACUCGCAUUAACAAGACUGUGCGAGCGGCAGCUCAAGAGCGAGGCGAAAAGUCGCCCGGCAAGCUCAAGCUGUUUGUAGAGCAUCUGGGUAACGGAGACAGGGAUCCGGAGAUUGUGCAGCUGAAGAGCGAAGUCGCGGACUGGGUAGGCACUUACCCUCUCCCUUGGGACGCUGCUCAAUAGUUGAACCCCAUAUGGCAAAAGUCUUGUCCAAAAAACUGUAUUUUAAAAUAGUUAAAUUGAAGGAUUCUACCACCAUCAUAGGCAUUCCGGCUGCGGUUUCAAACGUUUCUCUGCAGCUGGUACUCAUUCUUCAAUUUGUCAAAUCAAGUAGAAGCAUUUCGUGAGGCUCUACAUGUACAAUAGAUUACAAGGUAAUAGGAUGCCAGGAAGGUUAGAUUAGUGAAAAGUUUAUAAGUAUAUCCUCUCUUGAUGAGAUGUUGAAACUAGCGAUUUCCUACAGCCGUAACAACAUUGUCCAACUGUCGAACAGCCUCAUAAUACUUCUGCAAUCCGUCUAGACCUUUAAAUGCUACUUCUGAGCCGUAUUUUUCUACGAUGGAAUACAAAGUUGGCCAGACGACAAAGUCAGGAAGGGUCAGUGAAUCUUCACAUAGGAAUGGAACUCGCUCAUUUUUCAGGUCGUCGACAACGUAGCUGUCCCAAACAGCAAGCUCCUGUUUCAAUGUCACAGGUAGUGCUCCGGCACGAGUCCCUGUACUUCCAUCGCACCUCAGCUGGCGCCAGAUAUUGAACAGAUUCAUUCCUUGCUGAAACUGGCUGAACAGUCUGGCAAGGUCUGAUGGAUUUCGAGUGGUGGCUCCUGAGCCAGUGACACGGCCUGGACCAUAGCGCGAGUAAAGGUAUAGCAUAAUAGCCAUGUCGCCAUGAACGACGGAUUUAGCAGCAUCAUUAUCAAUGAACUUUAUGGGAAGAGACCAUAGUGCUGGCGGGUUGUUUUGGUUCUCGUUAUGGGAUUCGGAGCCAGAAGCCAUGCUACCCUUGGCAUACUUAAUGCCAUACUCGGCCAGCAUAAGUGUAAUGCGCAUAUUCACUAAUGGGUCUGCGGAAG